ACGGCUGAAGCUUGAGCUUGCUUUUCCGCAGCUUUGCCCUGCCCUCCUGAGCCGGAGGUCCUGAGCCCUGGGAUGUAACGUGCAGGAUGAGAGGUCGGUUGUGAGCCCCCACCUCCCCCAGCCGGACCGAGCGGGGCCCCCCUCCCCCGGGCAGGAUGGAGGAGGAGAGCAUGGAGGAGGAGGGGGGCAGCAGCAGCAGCUAUGAGGCCAUGAUGGAUGAUCAGAACCAUAACAACUGGGAGGCCGGUGUGGAUGGCUACAGGCAGCAGCACCCUGCGGGCCAUGCCCAGGCCCCCCUUGGGGACAGGGCCCUGCAGCUGCCCGCGGACAGGAAGGGCCACAGGGGGCAGCAGGAGGAGGAAGAGGCCCAGAUGGUGCCAGAAGCCAAUGGCCUGAUGAAGGGCUGUGACUCUGCAGGGGCUGCAGGCAAGGGAGGAGCCGUCGCUGCUGCCAUCAUCAACACCUCCACCUCCAAGUUCUUAAUGAAUGUUAUAACCAUUGAAGAUUAUAAGAGCACAUAUUGGCCAAAGUUGGACAGUGCCAUAGAUCAGCUUUUAACUCAGAGUCCUGGUGACUACAUCCCCAUCUCCUAUGAACAAAUAUACAGUUGUGUGUAUAAAUGUGUAUGCCAGCAGCAUUCGGAACAGAUGUAUAGUGACCUAAUAAAAAAGAUAACUAACCACUUAGAGAGAGUCUCAAAGGAGCUGCAGGCCAGCCCUCCAGAUCUGUAUAUUGAAAGAUUUAACAUAGCUCUUGGACAAUAUAUGGGAGCAUUGCAGAGCAUUGUGCCUCUUUUCAUAUAUAUGAAUAAAUUUUACAUAGAAACCAAGCUUAACAGAGACUUAAAAGAUGACCUUAUAAAGCUGUUUACGGAACAUGUUGCAGAAAAGCACAUUUACAGCCUAAUGCCUUUACUUUUAGAAGCUCAGUCAACACCGUUUCAAAUAACCCCUUCGACCAUGGCAAAUAUUGUGAAAGGCCUGUAUACACUUAGACCAGAGUGGGUUCAGAUGGCACCAGCUUUAUUUUCUAAAUUCAUCCCAAACAUUCUCCCCCCUGCUGUGGAAUCUGAGCUUCAAGAAUAUGCUGCUCAAGACCAGAAACUUCAAAGAGAGCUUAUGCAGAAUGGAUUUACCAGAGGUGACCAGUCACGCAAGAGAGCUGGAGAAGAGUUAACUUACAAUGGCUCAUCAGCAUGUGCAAGCUCCAGAGGGUACAGAUAAUGAAUAUACCGGAUGUGCUUUUAUUCCUAGCCAGAACAGACACUGGAGGAGCACAGAUGAUAUCCAGAGCCUCAGCUGGGGUCUGCUGAUAUUCAGGAGCUCAGUCACAAGUUAUACCUGGAAGAGGAGUUUGGACUUUCUUUGUUAUGUAAUAAAAUGUCAGUUGCUGCUACACUUGGGAUAACUUUGAAAGACAUGACUCUUUGGUUUGGUCUCUCAGCAAGUUCUUAUUCUCUGAUUCCUUGAGGAAUGCGCCUUGAAAAACAGAUAAUUUCUAAGUGAAAAUUGGCAGCCAAAAUCAGCAGCUUCCUCCAAAAAUGUUAUAAUGGAAGAAUCUCUUUUGCACUCUUGUUUUUUUAUUAUGGACAUUCUUUAAACUAAUUAACACAUCAGUGUAUUAGUUUUAAAACUUCAAGGUAUUUUCUGAAGCUUUUACUUAAAUAAUAAGAGUAAAGAUUUGUUACUUUGCAGUAUUUAUUAUUCAGUACAAAGUGACAGCAGCUUUAAGAGUUGGUCCUUUCUAAAUAUAAUUCUGACAAUGAGUUUUUGAUUCCGGAUUUGUUUCUUCCAUCUGUUCUUUCCUAAUUUCUUUUCCUUUUUUUGUAUGUUUUUUGACUCUGUGCCUUCAGCUUGUGCACUUGGCAACUUUACCGACCAUAUUUGGUGAAUGCAAAAUGUGUUCUUAAGGAAAAGCUUGUGAUAUUGUGAACAAAUAUGCUGCAAAGUCACAAGUUUCUCCUGCAUUACUAGGAUAUGAAUUUAGAAAGGAAGAAAAAGUUUAACCUGACAGUGUCACUGAUAGUGAUUUGGCCCCCUUCCCACUUUGUAUUUUUCAAGUGUUUAUUUAGUAUUAACAGUGGGACCAACUCUUGUAGAAACAUCCCCCUGCCCCUCCCCUCUCCCUUUUCUGGUGAGUUUGUUGGCCUCCAUAGUAGUUACAACAGAUCAAUGUGAACUCCAAAAUGAAUGCAAUGCCAUGUUUUGUUUUGUGUGUCAUUUUGGAACAUUAGCUGCCACAGCUGAGAGUUGGAUUAUGAGCAAGAUUCUCCAGUCUCUUAAAUUAAGCGAUGUGCCCCUCUGGCAGCACUGAGCAGACUUAACCCUGCUGUAGUUGGUCAGUGGAUGACAGCACCCAUGCAGGGCUGCCGGAGUGGCUCUGACAGGCUACCAGCAUAGGGAGUGUGACUGGGGAAAAGGGAUAUGGCCCUGCAUCCAAACAGCCGGAGUGCAAGAUACACAGCACCGUUCAGGAUCAGGGAGAUACCAAGGUGAUGUACUGCAUAUGUGCAUGCAUACACCCUCUUCUAGACUUGUGCCAAGCUCAGCUGGGCUGGGCUGGUAAAUCUGGACCUGUAGUCUUAAUCGUAAUGGUUAGGAGAUGAGUUUCAGUCAGCAGUAUGGGUAAUCGAAUCCACUUAAUUUAAAUAGGGAGAGAAAUGUACUUGCAAAAGUAAUUUUGAUUCCAGAUUCCUUUUGUCAUCUUUAGUUAAGAAGAAAAAAAACAAAACCCUUAGUGAUAUCAGAAACCUUUCUGAGCUGAGACAGAAGUGUAUCCACAGUUCUGUCACACAUGGCUGUCGUACCUUUAGAGAGAUUCUCUAAGCUUGAAUGAGUUGUCUAUAGAUUGCAGGAAAAAGCAAAAUAUACAUGUGGCAGUGACAAAGAGUUCUUUUCUUUCCAACGUUGCUUUGUAAACAGACUGUAUUCCCUUCUUGUUUAAAUUGAGAGUCAGAGAUUCCAAAGCCAGAAGGGCCUAUUGUGAUCAAGUAGUCUGACCUCCUGUAUAAGACAGGCCACAGAACUUCCCCAAAAUAAUUCCCAGAGCAGAGCUUGUAGAAAAACAUCCAAUCUUGAUUUAAAAAUUCAGAGAUGGAGAAUCCAUCAUGACCCUUGGUAAAUUGUCCCAGUGCUUAAUUAGUUUCAUUGUUUAAAAUUUACUCCUUGUUUCCAGUCUGAAUUUGUCUAGCUUCAACUUUCAGCCCUUGGAAGGUGUUGUACCUUUCUCUGCUAGAUGAAAGAGCCCAUUAUUAAGUAUUUGUUCCCCAUGUAGAUACUCGGACUAUGAUCAAAUCACCCCCGAUCUUCCUUUUGUUAAGCUAAAUAGUUAUAUCAUCAUAUGGCAUGUUUUCUAAUCCUUUAAUCAUUCCCGUGGCUCUUCUCUGAAUCCCCACCAAUUUAUCUAUGUCCUUGAAUUGUGGGCACCAAAGCUGGACACGGUAUUCCAGCAGCAGUCGCAGUAGUGCCAAAUACAGAGGUAAAAUAACCUCUCUAGUCCCACUCGAGAUGUAUGCAUUCCAGGGUUUCAUUAGCUCUUUUGGCCACAGUGUCACACUGCGAGCUCAUGUUCAGCUAAUUAUCCACCCUGACCCCCAAAUCUUUUUCAGAAUCACUGUUUCUCAGGAUAGAGUCUCCCAUCAUGUAAGUAUGGCCUACGUGUUUACAUUUAGCUGUAUUAAAACACACAUUGUUUGCUUGCUCCCAGUUUACCAAGAGAUCCAGAUUGCUCUGAAUCAGUAAUCAAAAACAAACCAUCAAGGAUAGGGUUUUCAAAAGCACUCAGCAUUUAGUGUAUCUCUGUUUUGACUGAAGUCAAUAGUUUUAUCGUUGGGAGCGGAGUUAGGCCAAUGUCGAUUGUUUUUUGUAAAUCCUACCGUGAGUGAACACCGUGGAGAAAGUAACAAAUACUGAUAGAGAAUGGCUACCUUUUUUAAUUUUUCCAAGUUCCAAAAUUUUAUCAAGAACAGUUUAAAAAAAUCAGAUUUCAAAAUAAAAACCUUUUGACAGUGUCCUUAGUUGUAUAAUUACUCUGUAUACUGUGACAGCAAAUAUUCUUGAAUUAAGAAUAUAUACAUCAACUAGUUGAUUUAUUACAUCAGUACCAUUCUAGUUCAUAUGAUAGUAUGCAAGCUCCCAGCUUUAUCAUGCCAUUACGAGUUUGCUCUGUUUUUUUUUACAAAGGGUUUACUGAUCUAGGGUUUGUAAAUAACUUGUAGGACUUAGGGCCUCAUAUUUGAGGCAGUGAUUUUAAUUUACUCCUUUAUUGUUGCAUUACACUUAGGACACAGACUUUUGAAACAAUAAUUCUAUAAGAAGGUAAAAUAAAACAUUCCUCUUAGCGUGGACAAUAUUAUAUGCACUAUAACAGUACUUGAAUGCUUUUCACCAUCUGGCGUUCUCGUUUGGCCAGCGGACAUGAGAACUCUCCUUGUAAAGCAUUGUAUUAUGUUGUAAAUUGGCAUUAAAAUUUCUGUAUGUUUUGGCAUUAUUAACCUAAUGCGGAAGUAUUGUUUAUCUUGUCUUCUAGAGUUUUACCAUUGUGAGCAGAGCAUGAAAUGGAGUAUAGCAUAAUAUGCUAAAUUAUUUUGUUUCUUUGUAAACUUGAAUUUUACUUACAGUAAAACUAACUCAACCAAUUUGAACAUUGAUGCUGUAAAACCAUGACUACAAGGCAGCAUGGUCCUAGUUACACUAGUAACUCUAACCAAAUAACAACUUUGUGGUAAAUUUGCAUCUGUUGCUUACCAUGAGACUAAACAGUAAAUUUGGUUAUACAUCGGGUGUCCUCUUCUGUGUCGCACUGGUUCUCUAGGCAAACUUGCUAUAUUAAAAUAUUUUUAGAUGAAUUU